CAACAGUUCUAAUUAUCCAGAACAUAAAUAUAAAAAUAAAUUAAAAUCCUCCUCACACGUAUAAUAGAAAGUUUUUCAGGCUAGAGUCGGUCUUUUUUUCAACAAGAUUAGAUUUUAUUCUUCAUUUUUGCAGUGUUUUACUUAAUUACUGCAUCUCCUCAUCUGCAAAAGGGUCUCUGAAUUUAAUAUCAGCUAAGGUCAUCGACAGAUCUAGAUUUUCUGCCACAAUUUCCGCUGGAAUCCUUAUUUUUUGACUUUCGGCAAAGGCAAGAAAAAUAUAUAUAAACAAGUUCGUAGUUCACUUUCUUGUUUUCCUUCUACUUUUAGUUUAGUCUUUUGAUCAAAGUUGUUUUCAAAUUCCUUAGUUUAAGUUUUAUAGAUAUCUGUGAGCCGACCCAGAUUACUGUGCAGCAAUUUUGUUUUUUAACCUCCUCUGGAUUCUCAGCUUGUUUGUUUUAGAAGAAUGAUAUAGUUAUCUUGUUCUGUUAAUUGUCUUUGUUAAUUCCUUUAAAAGGGUUUGUUUGUUUCAUAAGUUGGGAUCUGGGUUUUUCUUUGCUUUGUAGUUUCCUUGUGUUUAAGAGAAUCCUGUUUUAGUCUCAGUUAAAAGUUCUCAAUUUUUCAAUUAGGGUUUUAGUUUGGGUAAUUUGUGAUCAUGGAUGCUCGUCAAACUGUUGUUUCACCAUUCAAGAACUCGUCGGCUAAUCAAUUGAGGGAACUUGGGGUUAGUAGCAGGAAUGAAGUCAUGGCUAAAGAUUCAGAUGGAUGCAUAGGUGUUCUUGAGGUUUAUAUACAUGAAGCUAAGGAAAUUCACAAUAUCUGCAUAUAUCAGAAACAAGAUGUUUAUGCAAAGAUAUGUUUAACUAGUAAUCCUGAGGUUACUGUUUCUACUCGGAUUAUUAAUGGUGGGGGGAGGAAUCCAGUGUUUGAUGAGUGUCUUAAACUUGAUGUUGGAACUAUUGAGUCGUCGCUCAAGUGUGAAAUUUGGAUGCUCAGUAGGGUAAAGAAUUAUCUUGAAGACCAAUUGUUGGGGUUUGCAUUGGUACCAUUGUCUGAAAUUCUAGUUGGGAAUGGAAUGCUAGCUCAAGAAUUUUCACUCUCGUCAAGCGAUAUGUUCCAUUCCCCAGCUGGGAUGGUCCAGUUAUCAUUGUCAUACAGUGGAGCUUCACCAGAUGUUUUGGCAAUUCCUGAUCCGAGCCAGUCUCUUUCUGCUAACAAAGCUUUACAGGGUUCAGAAGUAGGCGAUUCAAUUCCAUGUGACUAUGUUAAGAUCGAGUUCCCUGAUCCUCAAAUUGUGAAUGAAAAUGAUCAGAUGGUAUCAGAUUAUUUUGAUAUGCAAUGCAACACUGUGGAAUCUCAAAGCUCUGAGAGCUUGGGCAAUUCAGAAAUCGAGAAUCAUGCUAAUACAGAUGUAUCUGCUCAUGUCGUGGAGAAACCGUUGGCCUUCAAUAAUCUUGCAAGAAUUGAAGCUCCAAAUACUGAUACACCCCAGAGCAGUGUUUCGACAAACGGCGGGUCUCCUUCGGCUUCAGUUACAGCCAGUUCUCAAUCCAACUGUGACACUCCAGGAGCUUCAAAGUCUUCCACUUCAGAACUGGUGUCACCUUUUAAAAAGAAAAAUACUACUGAUGCCUCAGAAACCGAGGCUGAGGCUGAAUCUGAAUCGUCAAAUGGUGCUGAGAGCAAAAGUAAAGCAUUUGCGCAGUCUGUUUUCAAGGUAAACAUCGAACCAGAGCAACAAGUCGUGCAACAGGACAUAGUUGAUAUGUACAUGAAAAGCAUGCAACAAUUUACUGACUCAUUAGCAAAGAUGAAACUUCCUCUGGAGGGUGAAAAUGGAAAUGGAGCUACUUCAGGAAAUGACAGUUCAAAUUCUGAUCAGAAAAUACCUGCGGCGAAGGGACCAGGAUCCAGAGUGUUUUAUGGGAGUAGGGCUUUCUUCUGAGCCUUUGUUUGACUGGUUAGAGGAUUCACAGGUGACUUGUAGCCAUUAGAAUCAAUUCCUGGUAGUAAUGGUAUGCAGUAAGUAGUAGUAACGGUAAGCUUUUUAUGAGUAGUAUUGUAGUAGAAUGUUUGUUUAUGUAUGUUGUGGAUUAGAUGAUGCAAAGAACAUCGACUUGUAUGUUAUCUUGUCUUUGUUCUGUUAGAACUGAAGUUUAGUCCGGUGGUGAUUGUUCUAUGAACAUUUUCCUCUAACCAGAGUGUUUUUACAUGUAUUCUAGGCUUUAGUAUGUUAUCGGAUAAGUAUUUACAUGCUUUUGUAUGUUACAUCUGGACCAUGUUGUUGCCAUUAUCUAUUUUAAGCCAGUUAAUUAUGAACAGCUUUAAAGAUUUUUGUUCUCA